AUGGAUGAGGAAGUUUUAAAAAGACUAACCAACAGAGAACUGAAAAAGACUAUUUUAGAAAAGGCCAAACAUAUUUUAGACGAAAGAAAAAGUAAUACAAAUGAACAAAAUAAAUAUGACAAAAAAAAUACAAUCAUAGAAAAUGAAGAACAUUGUAUGGGAAAACAUAAACUAGAAAUGGACACGUGCUCAACUGUUGCAAGGGAAAUAUUUUCGGACAAGGAAAAUAACCCUUUUUACAAUAUACAAGACCUUUCUCUUAAAUAUCUCAAAAUGUGUGAAUGGAACAAGCUGGAUUAUACGAAUGUUGAAUAUGAGUUGGUCAUAUCCUUCAUGCGCACGCUCAACAAUGAGCUGAAAUACCAGCUAAGUUUAAGCAACAAUGAAAAUCAGGAGGAUAAAGAAAAUUCGUUGCUUUAUCAGAUAGCCAAAAUGUUCAUAGAUAAGCUUAUUUUUUAUUGUACAAACCCAAUGGCUUGUUUGACUCCAAAUAAAAAUAGUGACAACAUCUUACUUGGUGAAGAAUUAUCCGCACAGAUUCUUUUUUUUUUCAAACAAAUCGAAGAGAACAGCCAUGAAAAUUUUCUGCUUAAUAUUUGCCUGAGCAGAAUUGCAGAAAGCAUUUUCAACUUCAAACCAGAACCUAACGAAAUGGCUAGCUGGGUAUCGAGACAAGCGCUGACCGAUCUGAUUAAGAUCUUACUUGGUGAUAGUCUAAAAAGAUAUGAACAGUGCAUUAUUUGCUUAACGGAUUUAAUAAAGCAACGACACAAGAAAUUAAGUUUUAUGCAAGUUGACAACACUGUGCUAAUUAUCGAGAUAAUUCAAUAUGCAAUCGUUUACCUGUCUGAACAGAAGUAUAACACGACAUACAGCUCGUUCGAAUAUGAAGAAUGGUUUAAGAGUUUCACGGAUCUUCUUCGAACGCUAAAGAGCUCGGAGUGGAAAAUAUUCUUUAAUCAACUUAUAGUGGCCGAAACAUUUCUUUACGAAAAAAGAGCAGAAAAUACUAACAAAGAAUUUAAUAACUACUACAAACAACAGUUAAAUAUUUGGAGACAUAAAAAUACUUCCUAUUCCAAAUGGUUUAAAAUUGAGAUGCCCUUUUCGCUCAGCUUGUUAAAAUAA